AUGAACAUGUUGGAUGAUGAAGAUGACCAAAGCUUUCACGCUAUGCGUGACGGCUACUCCCAUUUGAGCGAUGUCGAAUGGGAUGCGGUUGAACGGAUGGGUUCGACCAUGGGCAUCCAUGCUGUUAGCGUCAUGCUAGAGGCUCUCAAUAGAGAUGCCCAACAUGCUACUAUCGCCAAGUUCAUUCAAAAUGAACUUGACGCUGAACGCGAGAAAGUAGCCUUGCUUCACCAACAAGGUUCUCAACAAGCAGAGUUGUUGAGAGAACAGGGUGCUCAACAGUUUGAGCUGCUGAGACAGCAGCAGGCUGCUGCUGGUGGGUCGAUGCACUCGCGUCGACCCGAAACCUUGAAGAUUGACAUCUCCAAGUAUAGGGGGGUCGAAGAGGGCUCCCUCUUGAGAUGGUUCGUCGAAUUGGAUGACGCCAUAAGGGCGCGUCGCAUCGACGACGGGGAUAUGCAAGUUGCAUUUGCCCAGUCAAAUCUGGCAGGACGUGCCAAGACUUGGGCUUUGGGACUCAAGUUGCACGACCCAGAUGCGUUUGGGUCGUUGGAAGUCUUCAAGUCGCGGCUCAGACAAAAGUUUGAACCGCCUAGAGCUGAGUUCAGAGCUCGAACCGAACUCUUGAAGCUCAAACAGGGUAAGCGUGAUGUGCACGCUUACGCCCAACAUAUACGACAUCUUACGAGUUGUAUAAGUUCAAACCCGGUUGACGAACACACGUUGAUUUCGGUGUUCAUGCAGGGUCUUGCGGAUGGUCCCGUCCAGACUCACCUGUUCCGACUUGAACUAGAUUCACUAGAACAAGCCAUUUCCAUUGCGGAACAGGAAGACUUCAGUGUGAUACAGGCUCGCACCAGCUCGACAUCAUAUCGUCAACCGAGACGAUAUGACAGCGGAGGUCCAGAUCCAAUGGAACUCUGUUUUGUAGAGAGCGAGAAGGCUCGCUCUACAGACUACAAGAAGUUGCAGAGAUGCAACAGAUGUCAAAAGACAGGACACUACGCUUACGAGUGUAGUGCCCCUCGUCCAGUGUCUCGCAACACUGGGCGUAGUGACCGUCCACCCAUGAGAAAGGGGCAGGGACGCGAGCCCUCUGUUGGAGCAAAGACGCAACAACGGGAUGGACCGUCAAAAAACGGACAGGAUCAGUAG